GUUUAGGGUUUGUGUGAAACAAUGUAUUGAUAUGAAGAUAAGGUCCCAAAAUAUCUACAAAACUUCACGGAUGGCCAUUGCCAUGAGCUAAACUCUCAAGCUCUCUUUUUCUCCAUUCUCCAUGGCUGCAAAGCUCUCCACAGCUCUUGAUAUCCAUUUCAGCUAUCCAUGUUCCUCAGAAACAAAGCACUCAUAUAUCUUCAAUUCUCCAUCGUUAACAUUACCCAGAAAAAGGCUGAACAUUUAUUGCAAUAAUUCAUCAAAAUCCCCUCCAAGAACAGCAGAAAAGCCUGAGAAUCGUCGAAACGGAAAUGGCCCUUCUUUGUCUGAACAGCUCAAGCCUUUAUCCACAACCGUUCUUGCUGACCAGCCAAGCCAGACCCCGCUCUUAUCCAAACCGCAGUCCACUUGGGUCAACCCGGCCCGACCCAGACCUUCUGUUCUCUCCCUGCAGCGCCAGAAGCGUUCUUCUUACUCCUACAACCCUCAGAUUAGGGACCUGAAGCGGUUUGCUAGGAGAUUGAAUGAGGGUUAUUUUGAUGAGGAAGGUUUCAUGGCUGUUCUUGAGGAAAUCCCAGAGUCACCCACUAAAGAGAAUGCUUUGUUGGUGCUCAAUGGCCUGAGGGAUUGGCAAAAAUCUCUGCUUUUCUUGAAUUGGAUCAGGGCCAAGGAUUUGUUCCCACUGGAGACUAUAUUCUAUAAUGUUGCCAUGAAGUCUUUGAGGUAUGGGAGGCAGUUUGAGCAUAUAGAGAGGCUUGCUUUUGAGAUGGUGGAGAAUGGGGUUGAGCUUGAUAAUAUAACCUAUUCCACUAUCAUCACCUGUGCAAAAAGGUGUGGGCUUUUCGAUAAAGCUUUGGAGUGGUUUGAGAGAAUGUACAAGACUGGGUUGAUCCCUGAUGAGGUGACUUACUCUGCUGUUCUUGAUGUGUAUGCUCAGUUGGGGAAAGUCGAGGAUGCGAUAUCGUUGUACGAGAGAGGGAGGGCUAGCGGUUGGACCCCCGACGCUGUGGCUUUCUCUAUGCUGGCUAGAAUGUUUGGCUCGGUAGCUGAUUACGAUGGCAUUAGGUUUGUGUUGCAGGAAAUGAAGAAUCUUGGUGUUCAGCCAAAUUUGGUUGUGUACAAUACGUUGUUCGAAGCUUUGGGGAAGGCCGGGAAGCCCGGCUUGGCUAGGAGUUUGUUCGAGGAGAUGUUGGAGUAUGGGCUUACUCCGAAUGAGAAGACGCUAACGUGCUUGAUCAAGAUUUAUGGGAAGGCGAGGUGGGCUAGAGAUGCGUUGGAGCUUUGGGAGAGAAUGAAAUCGAAGGGGUGGCCUAUGGACUUCUAUUUGUAUAAUACAUUGUUGAGUAUGUGUGCUGAUAUCGGGUUGGAGGAGGAGGCCGAGAGGUUGUUUGGUGAUAUGAAGGAGUCGAGGAGUUGUAAACCGGAUAGUUGGAGCUAUACGGCCAUGAUAAAUAUAUAUGCGAGUGGGGGAGGUGUGGAGAAGGCUGUGAGUUUGUACAAGGAAAUGUCGGAGGAAGGGGUUGAGCUUAAUGUGAUGGGGUGCACUUGUUUGAUCCAAUGCUUGGGUAAAGGAAAUAGAAUUGAUGAUUUAGUUACGGUGUUUGAAGCCUCGAUGGAGAGAGGGAUCAAACCCGACGACAGGCUCUGUGGGUGUCUGCUAUCCGUUGUGUCGUAUUGCGAAGGCAAGGAUGCCGAGAAGGUUGUUGGUUGUCUAGAGAGAGCGAACCCGAGAUUGGUUGCCAUUGUGAGGAUGCUGGGUGAAGAGAGCACAAGCUUCGAGGCUGUGAAAGAAGAGAUCAGAGUGAUUCUCAGCAAUACCUCUCCGGAAUCCCGAAGACCUUUCUGCAACUGCCUGAUCGAUAUAUGUAGGAACAGAAACCUGCAGAACCGAGCUCACGAGCUGCUCUAUAUCGGGACCGUGUAUGGACUGUACCCUGGUUUACAUAGCAAGACGUCCCAGGAGUGGCGUUUGAACGUCCGGUCACUCUCGGUGGGUGCCGCUCGAACUGCAUUCGAGGAAUGGAUGGCGACUCUCGCCAAAAUCGUGCAGCGCCAGGAGCCAUUGCCUCAACUCUUCACAGCUUACACUGGCGCAGGAACCCACAGGUUCUCCCAAGGCUUGGCUAAUUCAUUCGCUUCGCACCUGGAAAAGUUCGAAGCCCCUUUCAAGGAGAGUGAAGAGAAAGCUGGAUUUUUCGUUGCGACUCAAGAAGAUUUAGUGUCUUGGAUUCAAUCAAAGGCACACUCUUUGGAUGCUGCAAUAGCAUCAGUGUAACAGUAUCUGGUAUUCCCACCACUAUAUGCUUAUUUCAUUCUGAAUAUAUAUAUGUAAGUCUAAACUUUAUAAGAAAUUUCAGAAAAUUGGUGCUUCUUUUCACUC